AUGAAGAAGGCAUACGAACUCUCAGUCCUCUGCGGCGUCAGCGUCUCCUUGCUCAUCUUUGCCGGUAACGGCAAACCAUACGAGUUCUCGUCGGUCGACUUUGACACAGAGGUGGACCGCUACAACGACUAUGAGGGCACCAUCGAGCGCCGGCGCGGUGCAGAGUUUGAGGCCAUGGCGCUUGCAGGCGAGGACGAGGACGACGAGGACGAGGACGACAACGCCAGGCGGGCAUCGACCAGCAAGCCCAAGCCCAACGGCCCGUCAAAGUCCCUCAAGGGCAAAGAGUCGUUCAAAGCGCGUCGCGUAGCGUACCGCGACGGAGCACGCGACGGGCGCCAGGCAGGACGCGGCGCCGACCGUGGGGACCUCUCCGCUGUCAUGCCCGAGGACACGUCGUUUGUUGGUGGUGUCCUGGACGAUGACAGUCGCGACAACUCGGGUGGGCCGACACCAGACUCUCCAUCCGCGGCAGGCCUCUCGUACGCGCUCAACCUGCAUAACCAGCAUCAGAUGGGCGGUCCACCUCCGCAUCCCCAGUCUGCACCGGCUGCCCCGUGGAACGCGUACCGCCAGCAACAGGCACAGGUGCAAGGCGGCGCCGGCGGCUUCACCUUUCCGUUCAGCCAAGGCAGUUCCGGAGGUCCACCGUUCCCCAUCAACCCGGGCAUGGGCGGCCCACCACUCGGCAGCGUCCCCGGUGUUGGCUCUGGAAUGAACAUGCCUUGGGACAACCAGAUGCUCACGACCUACGCCUGGCUCCAGAUCCAGCAGGCUCACCAAGAACAAAAGCGCCAGCUCCUCGAAAAGCAGCAGCAGCAGCUCCUCGACCUCACAUCGCGUUCCGGUGGCCAAGCACUGCUACGCGACAUUCUCGGCCCACUCGGCUCAGCAGGUAGCGCCGGUGCCAGCGGUGGUGCCAGCCAACACGCCCCUCCGUCAGCCCAGUCCAACUGGAACGAGUUUGUAUGGCCGACCGCUCCUGCCGACGUACCCGACGCCCAGGGCGGCGGCGUCUCCACUCCUCCCGAUGACGACCUCCUCUGGGCCCUGUCCGGGGCCGGCGCACAGCAACAGCAGCAACAACAACCACCCCCACCGCAGUCCUACCAGGACUUUGGCUCCCACCAGCCGCAACACCAGGACCUGAAGCGGGGCCGUGAGCGCGAUGGCGACCUGAGGCUGGACCCACGUAACGCUGGCAUCGGCUGUCCCGUUGGUCUGAAUGUUGGCGCAAUUGGUAUUGACCCUAGGGCGCAGAAGAGGAGAAAGUAG